UUUGUUUUUUGUUUUUUUUCCCGGCUGGAAGUGAGAUGUUUGUGAGUGGUGAGGUUAGGCCGGAAGUGGUGUUGCGUAGAGAAUGGGACGAGCUGAACCGCCGCUCGUCGAGCGAAGCGGGAGGCUUGUGGCGCUGGGCUGGAGGUGAGAAGAAAGGCAGACUCUGAUAGGGAUGGACCAGAGUCUGCUAACGGGAGAUAUCCCGGGUUUCAUUGGGGGAGGCACCUUCUGCUUUCGCACAGGGGACGAAUUGAGGCCUCCCGGGGCGAGAGGGACAGCAAUCCAGGGUCUGAGCGGAGCUAUUCUAGGGUCGGUUGGAAGAGGCAAGCUGAAAUUCUUAGAAGGCCUAGUUGGGCCCGAGAGGACUGGAGAGAAGUCAGGAAUCCGCUGGAAAGAGGAUAACAUGUGAAUAUACCUGAAGGUGAUACCUGCAAGUUCCUACCCUUAGGAUCUAGUGUCCUACCUAAUGAGUGCAUCGAGGCAAUACGGUAAACGAGAGUACAAGAGACAGAAGGCCAAGGGUGCAGUCCAAGAAAGUUCUACAAAUAUAUCAUCAGGUCCAACUUGGUAGUUGACCUAGCCAUGGAAAGCAGCAUUGGAUCCUCACUGGGUCAGACCAUAACUGACAUUCUUAAAAACUCUUCCCAUCAUAAAGUAUCAAGAACGAAAAUGUAGGAUAUAUACCUACCACUUCAAGAAAGCUCCUGUACCAGCCAACAGCCUAACAGAUUAGCUAGCUGCUUUGAUCAUCAAGCAGACGUACUCAAGCUCAGCACAGCACAGGAAAAAUCUCUCUAUGAACAUUUUUCACAUUCUGUGUGUGACCUAUUAGCAGGUCAUGAAAUCAGUUCUAAAGAGGAAAAAUGAAGUGAAGUGUGCAGACACUUGUUCAAGUUCAGCUGCUGCACCUGGAAAUGUGAAUAGUGACCAUGAUGAGAGAAAUACUGACUGUAAUCUGCAAACUUCAACCUCGUUUGAGCCACAUUUCAAAAAGAAAAAGCUGUUAGCGAGAAAGCCUUAUUAUCGUCGUAUUUGGUUGCAUAUCGAGUGGCAAAAGAGAAAAUGGCUCACACGGCUGCUGACAAAAUAAUUCUUCCAGCGUGUUUGGAUAUGGUGCGUACAAUUUUUGAUGACAAAUCGGCUGAUAAAUUAAAAACGAUAUCUAGUGAUGAUAUAAUAUCUCUUCGAAUGUGCACUAUUGCGGAACACUUAGAAACAAUGCUUCUUACCCGGUUGCAGACUGGUAUAGACUGCGAUCCAGCUCGAUGACAGCACCGAUCUGGGGAGCGGCACGACACUCUUAGUUUAUGUCAGAUACGCGUGGCAAGAAGAUUUCAUGGAGGAUGUUUUGUGUUAUUUAAAUAUAACCUCACACCUAAGCGGGUUAGAUAUUUUUACAGAAUUAGAAAAGUGCAUUGUUGGCCGAUAUAAAUUAAGCCGGAAGAACUGCAAAGGGGUUACAAGUGACGGAGCAGCAAGCAAAACCGGAAGACACAGCAGAGUAAUUAAAAAAUUGCUAGAAGUUACUAAUAACGGCGCUGUGUGGAAUCACCGUUUUAUACAUCGUGAAGCUUUAGCAUCCAGAGAAAUCCCACAGAAUCUCUUGGAAGUACUGAAAAACGCAGUGGAAGUUGUUAACUUCAUUAAAGGAAGUCCGCUAAAUAACCAGCUUCUUGAAACAUUUUGUUCAGAGAUUGGAGCUAAUCGUACCCACUUACUAUACCAUACCAAAGUUCGUUGGUUGUCUCAUGGCAAAAUACUAAGCAGGGUUUACGAACUCAGGAACGAGAUCCACCUUUUUCUUACUGAAAAAAAAUCUCAUUUGGCAAGUAUUUUGGAAGAUGACAUUUGGGUGAUGAAAUUGGCAUAUUUAACAGAUAUUUUUGGCAUUCUUCACGAACUGAGUUUAAAACUACAGGGGGAAAAUAGCAAUAUAUUCCAACAGGUCGAACGCAUCCAGGGAUUCCAAAAGACACUAUUGUUAUGGCAAGCGAGGCUUAAAAGCAGCCGUCCCAGCUACUACAUGUUUCCAAGAUUUUUGCAACAUAUCGAAGAGAACGUUAUUAGUGAAAACCUUUUGAAAGAAAUAAAAUUAGAGAUGUUGGUGCAUCUCACUUCUCUGUCUCAAACUUUUAACCAUUUCUUUCCAGAAGAGAAGUUUGAAACGUUAAGAGAAAACAGCUGGGUGAAAGAUCCCUUUGCUUUUCGAAACCCAGAAUCAGUAAUUGAGUUAAACUUGGUGCCUGAAGAAGAGAGUGAAUUACUGCAGCUCAGUUCCUCAUGUACAUUGAAGACUGACUACGAAGCAUUAACAUUAUCGGCAUUUUGGAUUAAGAUUUUGUCUUCUAUUGAAGGUGAUUUUUUUACUUGCCUUUUUGGUACUCGAAAUAAAGUGUUGGAAUACAGUUCCCCAUGAAUAUCUCACAUGUCUGCUCAGUGUGGAUUCUCUGAAUGAAGAGUAAUGGAUAAUCUCCCUGGAGACGAGGAUGGGAAGAUAUACCAGCAACCCCACAAAACCCUAGAGUCUAAUAUCAUGCAACCCACUGCAUGAUGGAGAGGUGACAUCUGAUCCUUACCAUGUCACGCUGUGGGAGUUGGGGUAUGGGGAGCUAACAAACAAAACUGAUGUGUCUGCUUCUUUUUUUUGGCUGUGAGUAAUAAAUUGUUUCUCACUCAAA